AAUACAUUUUGAACAAUUACAGCUGUUAUGAAUGAACUUCAAAUACAGUCUAUCUGCAAAUAAAUAAUAAAAUAAACAGACUUGUAAAUUAUUUUGGGAAAUUGUCAGUCACAUUUACACACAGCACAUAGGCUAGGCCUGUGCUGUUUAUUUCAGAGCUGAUUUUAUUUUAUUUUAUUCAUGAAAACACUUCAUAUUAUAGACAGGCCUACUGUACAUUCAACAACAGUGAAUUCAUGUAAGCCAUCUGGCAGCUUUAGGUUAGGAUACAGUGUCUUCAGAAGCCAAAUUUAAAUCUGGGGUAUUUCACCUUUUUUACCCCAAACCCUAUUUGAUUUCUGACCCUAAAUCACAUUUAAUUUAUUGUUUAUUCUGGACUUCCAAUUUAGCAAAUAUGUUUUGUAUAACUACUGUGUAGUGUGUAAGCUAUACUACAUCUCACGAAGAGACCUGCAGAAACGAGAUAAUGAGGGAAAGCACAGCAUGGCGCAGCGCUUUUGCAAGCUUUGUCUUCUCCAUAAUAUUGCAUGUCGCUCUGAAUAGAGCUUUCCACCGUCUGAAACCAUCCCAAUAUCUGAUCUCGUGCACGCGUCGACUGAGCCACUCAGCAAUUGCGCACGCGCGUCGGUGGGCUCUAGAGAAGGCUCAUGUUGUCUCUCCGCAGGAAUGACGAGUCUCGCUCCACUCUCAUCGACAGGCACGCGCGGAAAAUGAGAACAUAUUCAUAUGGUGGAAAUAGAGAGGAUACGAUCAAUUACUUCUAAACAAACACCGGAGGACCUCGCCAAACUGGACAUUGUGGAGACAAAAGAAGGACCCCUCCUCUUCCACUUCAAAGCUGACGUCUCCUGUGUUAAGUAUAGCUACACAUCCAGUGGCAAAAACAUUUUCUAGAUGUGAUGUCUGUCGUGUUUGUCAACAAACGGCUUCUGGUCUUGGGCAUCUGGACUUGCUUUGAAGAAAACGACUGAUGUCAGAUCGAAAAAACGCUUAAAAUGUGACCGUUUCCGUGUAGCCUCGAUCCCUCCACUUUGUCGGAUUUGAGGAGUCGUCUUACUGGGAAUCAGGGCAGUGCACGUGUCUCGUUUUGGAGAGAGGGGAAAAAAGCGUGCGUCCUGGAGCUGUCCGUUCAGAACCACACACACACACACACACACACACACGCAGGCAUUACUCUGCCACCAGCGGUGCACCACAAGCCAUCAGCCUCGCACCUCAUCUGGACCUGAUGGUAUGGAGCGCAGAUUUAUGACAUUCUCUGCACGAAUUUGUUUUGUUUAACGUCUUUAUUUUCUAAUUUUCUCUCGGCAUCUGGAGGCAAUCUCUUAUUCACCUGACAAGAACAUCAAACGCUCAUGCACCGAUUUGCUGCAGCUGAGUUGCCUUUGCGCACCUGUUUUUUCUGCGUUUAUUCAUUUCAGUGUCCUUUUUCCGUUGCCUAACAAUUGCGCACAUGUAUCCUCCGGGUCUUUCAGCAUUUUAAUGCCUGGCCCGGGCUCGAGACAUGCCUAAGCGACGAGAUGGGCCAGGGCGACGAGAAAGACCGUGUUGUGAUUAACGUGGGAGGGAUUCGACACCAGACCUACCGCAGCACCCUGCGCACUCUUCCCGGCACUCGUUUAGCCUGGCUCGCCGAGCCCGAUGCCCACAGUCACUUUGACUAUGACGCCCAGAUCGACGAGUUUUUCUUUGACCGCCACCCCGGAGUUUUUGCACACAUUCUCAAUUAUUAUAGGACUGGCAAGUUGCAUUGCCCCGCUGAUGUUUGUGGCCCUCUUUAUGAGGAAGAGCUGGCCUUCUGGGGCAUCGAUGAGACAGAUGUGGAGCCCUGCUGCUGGAUGACGUACCGGCAGCACCGGGAAGCCGAAGAGGCACUGGACAGUUUCGGUGGAGGGCCAGCUGAAAUGGGCAACGAUGACAUGGACACCGAAGUUUUGGGUGAUCCAGGGGAUGGAGACGAGGAACUUGAGAUGACUAAACGCCUGGCCCUCGGCGACUCACCUGACGCCAAAGGUGCAGGGUUGUGGCAACGUUGGCAGCGUCGUGUUUGGGCUCUCUUUGAAGAUCCAUAUUCUUCGAAAUAUGCAAGGUGGGUGGCAUUUGCCUCGCUGUUCUUCAUACUGGUUUCCAUAACCACAUUCUGCCUGGAGACACACGAGGCCUUCAAUCCCAUCAUUAACCGCACAUCAAUUAACCCUCAAGACAACAGCUCCAAGUUUCACCUGGAGACAGAGACGGUGGUCUACCUAACCUACAUCGAGGGAGUGUGUGUGGUGUGGUUCACCUUUGAGUUCCUCAUGCGUGUCACCUUCUGUCCAGACAAAAAGAAAUUCAUCAAAAACACUCUAAACAUCAUAGACUUUGUGGCCAUCCUGCCAUUUUACCUGGAGGUGGGCCUGAGCGGGCUGUCUGGUUCCGAAGCAAAGGACGUUUUGGGUUUCCUCAGAGUGGUGCGAUUUGUUCGGAUCCUCCGAAUCUUCAAGCUGACGCGACACUUUGUGGGUCUGCGUGUACUGGGACACACUCUCCGCGCCAGCACCAAUGAGUUCCUCCUGCUUAUCAUCUUUCUUGCACUCGGAGUGCUCAUCUUUGCCACCAUGAUCUACUACGCCGAGCGAAUCGGUGCCAAUCCCAAUGACCCUCGUGCCAGCGAGCACACCCACUUCAAAAACAUCCCAAUUGGCUUCUGGUGGGCUGUUGUGACUAUGACCACGUUGGGCUAUGGAGACAUGUAUCCUCAGACUUGGUCAGGCAUGUUGGUGGGUGCUUUGUGUGCUCUGGCGGGUGUAUUAACCAUUGCCAUGCCUGUGCCUGUCAUCGUCAAUAACUUUGGGAUGUACUACUCUCUAGCCAUGGCUAAGCAGAAGCUACCAAAGAAAAAGAACAAGCAUAUCCCCCGUGCCCCCCAGCUUGGCUCACCAAAUUACUAUCCCAAAGUGAACGGUGAGGCAGCUAAAGCAGCGCUGGCCAAUGAGGACUGUCCCCACAUAGACCAAGCCAUUUCCCCUGAGGACGGCCAGCUCUUUAACCCAAGCGAGUCACGGGGAGACACUCCAUGUUUUCUGCUGAACGUCGGCAGACGAUCUACAAACACGGGCACCCGAGUGAGGAAGGCCGGAAUGUUCUCAGGGAGGUCAGGGGCGGAGCCGGCUGGCCCGACGCAUGGCACACAGGGUUACCCACUGCUGCAGCUAGGCUGGGCGCACAGCCCAGAAGACGGCCAUGCCAGGGUCACCACCUGAUAUCCAUCCCUGUUUCGCUGUCAUACGUCAUAGCAUUCAAACCUCUCACAGCAGCCUUAGAUAAAUCAAAGGCCCCUACACGCUAUGUAGCUUCACAGGCUGUCAAUUAACAUCAGCAAAUGUAGUGAUAUUAAGAUAAACACGUUUUCAUGUCAUCUGACAUCACUGUUCUAGUUUAUGUAUAGACUUCAGAUCGCACACAGAGGGAACUUUCCACCUACAGCAUCAACAUAAACCGGCCAUUUCUGAUUACAUUCAAAAGAAUAUCCUGCUACCGUCCACCAAUUUGUCACAUGGUCAUUUUCUAACCAGUAACGCUGUCUGUCUGUGUCUUAUGACAUGUUGCUCUGUGUGAGCAUGCUCUGUUUGACUCCAGAUCUUACCCGCAGCCAAAAGCACCACAAGAUGGUCAAUAUCAUCACCGAGCAAAACUACACACACUGUUCCCAACAAAUGUGUUUCUUUGUCUUUGUGUUUUUUAUAUGUUUGUGUAAGUUUAUGAGUGUUUUUAGAGAUGCGUGUGAGGUGUGUGUGUGUGCGUGCGUGCACGCAUGUAGUGCUUUUUCGGAGUGCUGUUUUCUUUCCGUAGCAUUAUGUUGUGCAUGUGUUGGGACAGUCUUACGAUCCUUGCUGCACAAUCUGUCCUGAUGCCUAUGUGGUAUUGGAUGAGAAAGGGAAGACUUGGUUUUGCACAAAGGCAAAGAAUAUGUUGGAGAUGGUGUACAGUAUACACCACUGACAUACGUGACACACUCUUUCAUUUUGAGUCAAAUGUCGCAAUGAGCCAUUAGUGGAGAAAAGUGAUAAGCCAAAAAUUCUUCAUUUUUAAUAAAACAAUGCUUCUGCUUUCAAAUUAUGUACAUUUUAAGAUUCAAACAAUUACGGAAUGCACGUAAACUGAUCAUCUCUUUCUUUUUACUAAUAGUUGUAGCGCACAAAAUAAGCGAAAAUGAAUGAACAUCAGAGGUAUGUUCAGUUUAUCUAUUAUUUCAUAAUCUCUCAAGUAAUCUCCCAAUAAACGCAGAAAGAUGUCAACAAAACGACUCGUGUCACCAGAUGAUACAGUUUCCCCAGUAAAUUCAUUCACUGCCCAUAGCUUGCUACACUCAAAAAAAUAACUCUUUGAACGAACAUAAAAAAAAUCAUGCAUUAUGCAAUUCUGUUAUUCCAAUUUAAUGUACUUACGUUGGGUCAACUUAAUUUUUUAAGGUUGAUUCAACUUAUUUACUAUAGUUGGGUACAGCUUAAUUUAAUAGUGUCAGCCCAACUAAUUUGCAAUGUUUUGGACCAACUCAUUUACUUAAGUUGAUCCAAUCUGUGCAAUUUAAGUUAGCCUAACAAAAGUGCUUAAUGCAGAAAGAAAGCCAUUUAAUCACGCGGAAAUCCUUUCCAUGAUUUAAUUACAUUAAUUCAAAGAAUAGCUUUUGAGUGUUAAUAAAUUAAAACCUUUUUACCAUAAAAAAAUAACAUAGCUUUUAAAUUGUAAAUAUAUUGUUAAAUAUAUGCAGUACAUUAGCAUUAUGUUUUUUUUAUGCUACUGAUGUCUUAAUAGUUUAUUGUAUGUUUGAAUAAAUGUCCUAUUUCUGGAAAAACAAGUUUGAAAAGAAACAGUUUUUCAUGACAGGCACAAUUUUAAAUGAUUAUAUCUCGAUAACAGUUUGUAAACAUAAAAACGAUAUCAUUUGAAAGCAGAGAUUGUGCAUUUCAUUGUGCAUAUAAUCAAAAUGUUUUUGGUCAAAAUGACUCAAAAUGAUAGCGUAAGUCAUUUAUAUAGACUAUGGAAAAGUGCCUGAAACUGAGAGUCUGACCCUGACAAAUCAAUGGACUGGAUUCUCGGUUGCCUUAAUUUCAAAUUCAUGAGUUAAUUUGAUUUUCUAGAUCAACAAAUCUGUGAACUGCUAAAUUCAACUUGAAACCUUUGCCUUGCAAUCCACAGCCUUCUUUGCUCGCUCUAAUGCCAGAUUAACCAACCGAUCUUUCUGCAUGCCCUCACACAGAGAUUGCAUGCAAUCUUAAACCCUUUAAACCUGACCCAUAGCAGCAAACAUGGUGUGGAGAAAACUGACAGAUGUCAAGACUAAAGCUUUGAGUCUCAGCAACUGCCAUGUGCACAUUUCUCUCCAAUAAACCAAGGUUAUCAAAAGUCCCGAAGCCUGGGCACCAUAACCAGCAAGGCCCGAACACUGGCCGAGGUAGUAUCGAUGUCCACCGGGUCCUGCGGCCCACCUGUUCUCCUGCGGCGGUCCCAUUCUCCAAUCCCCUCCAUUCUCUAAGAAAUGGAGCAGUGGUGUAGUUAGAGCUGUCUCCCUGGGUCUUCCUCCUGCUCUGCUGCCUUCUGUUCUCUGCGGUGUUUGAUUUGGUCUGGUUUGUCUUGUUCUCUGGUCCUUGUCUUCUGGAGCUGUGUUUUUGUCUCCUCCUCUCCUCUUCCGUCCGUUUUGCUUGUUUCUUGUCUUUACAUACACCGACUCUUGACUCAUGCAAAGCCAUCAGAGAAAGAAAACCUCCAAAAGAUCUCAGGGAAAUUUUUAAGGAUUCCCUAGUUACGAGUGUUUAUCAGACAUAAUAAAAGAACUGGGAUGAGGAAGGUAAACCUUUCUUUAAGAGCACAUUAUUUUUCCAGGGACCACUUCAGAACUGGAAACUUCUGAUAGAAAAACUGCCAUCUAAUGAGGGAAAACCUCCCUAUAAAUCAUGACAUUUUUAAGGAUUUGCUAUGAAUAUUUACUUAUAAAUCCUCUCCCGUCUGAGUACAUUCUUGCAUAAAAUGCUUUCUGACAUCUGGAAGACAAAACAAUAGCCAUCCCUAUCCUCUCUCAGUUUCAUUUUUGUUUAGGUUCCCCAUUUAAUUUUUGCUGUACUUCCUUUGCUCUAGUGGAGUCUUGCUCCCUUCUUUCUUCAUCACUUGUUUAAUGAGACCCCAGGUAGGAGGUAUCAGGACUCCCUUUUCCUCUCCUCCGCUGUCUCCGGCAAAUGUCUCUCCUUCCUCUGCAGUUCUUUCAUUCUCCCUGUGCAUUUCUGUCCAUCUCUCUUUCUCCAAACUUUUUAGCCCUGGAUUGCGAAAGCAACCCAAAUGAACGUUUUUACCAUACAGAAAAAAAAGGAAGUCUUAUUUUCUCAGCCCAUUUCUUCCUCAUUCUGUGAGCUGAAUGAAAACAAGGCCCAAUGGCUGGAUGACCCUGAGCAAUCCCAUCCUCCCCUGUAUUUUCUACUGCAGAUCCCUGCAAAGAGGAAACUGCCCUAGUUAAGUAUAUGCAGUCAGAGGUGCUCAAAGUGACCUGAGAAGGCAGCAGCAUCUCAAAACCUUGGGUUCCCUUCUCCAGCCUUGCUGGACUCCAGAAUGGCCGGAGGGAUUUCAGGCUGGAAUUCAAAGGAGGGACGUACAUGUAGAGAGAAAAAGAGCACAAUUGAGGAUGUUGCCAGUCGACGCGGUGGCAAGCGUUUUUAUUCAGAUUCCGACUGUGUGUGGGAUCUCAUGGACCAGGACUUUUUUUAAGGAAGACCUUAAGGACCAUCGACUGCAGAGUGACACGAAUGGAUGGCUUUAAAGCCAGCAAAAUGAGUUUUAUAAUCAUAAUACUAAUGAUAGUACCUGCAGUGACAGAUGUAGUGGACUCUUACCUGUUCAUUUUAGCAUGAGCUGCAUGGUGUUACAUUAAAAAAAAAAAGAGGAAAAUAUUCUAUAUCUGUUAUGAAUAUCUGUAUAAAACGAAUAUUUUCUUUCAAGAGUUCUUGACUUUUGCAGAAUUGACAUGUAGCCAUGAAUAAUGAGAUGUUCAGACACGAUGUUCUUUAUUUCAGCAACAGAUUUCUUUCGUUUCAUUCUGUCUUUGUUGUUAACCACAUGACUCAGCUCUGGUCACAUUGACCUCACAUUCUGAAUGAGACACUAGUGGUUACUGUCAUGAGAUAGAUUGUAAAUUCCACCUUUUUCGACUUUGUUUCUGUCUGGCAUGCUUGUGAUUCUGGAUCUUAUAGAGAAAAAAAAACUGAGCAAAAUGAGUCAUUUUUCUGUUUUAUGUCAUAAUUAUCAGUGAAUAGAUCCUGUGGAAACUGUCGUGAGCAACUGUUUAUUUCACAUAUCAAGUGCAAACUUUUGACAGUGUUAUUUUUGGAGAAAAAACAUCAAAAAUAAGAAAAAUGCCAUCCUGUCGAGAUGUUUUCGCUCAUUACUUUUAGGUACUAAAACAGAGAAAAGCAAAAAAGACAGAUGUAUAUUUACAUUAUAAGAGAAUUGUAUGCAAUUUAGAACUUUGGGGGAAAACAAAUGCAUGCACUAUGUUAUGCAACAAUAACUGCAUAGAAAAACAGGAAAACAUGACUACGAUCAUAGCAUGAAAUAAAUUUUGUAUGAAACUUG